UCCCCUCGCUCUUUACAGUAACAAACGAGCAGCGAAACCCUAGAAUUUCAAAUCAAUGGAUGAAAGAGACGACAGUGAUUUCGAGAGAGAAGAAGAAGAAGAAUCAACUAGGAAUGUCUUGAAAGAUAGAUUCCGCCUUUCUGUUAUCAAAAUUGCUGAAGCUGAGGGCAAGAAGAACAAUAUGGAGGUAUCUGAGCAAGUCAUGGGUUGUAUUUCUGAUCUUGCCUUCAAAUUUUCAGAACAGUUGGCCAAGGACCUAGAGCUAUUUGCACAGCAUGCAGGUCGCAAGUCUGUGAACAUGGACGAUGUUAUACUUUCUGCCCAUAGGAACGAACAUCUGGCCUCGUCAUUGAGGCUUUUCAGCUCUGAAUUGAAGGGGAAAGAACCCCAACCUGAGAAGAAGCGGAAGAAAACUUCAAAGAAGGAAGACAAAACUCCCUCUGCGGCACUUCAUAUAUCAUGAUCCCUAUCCAUUUUCUUUUUCUUCUUUUAGUAGUAGUGCCGUGAACAAUGUGUUACGCACCCUAUCUGAAAAUGGCCUCAAACUCGUAUGUAUAUUUCCCGUUCUUACUAGGAUCGUCACCAUGUUAAUCUUCAACUUUAUGAUGCCAUUGGUCUUCUUGACUGGUAGUAAUAGUUGUACUUACUUCUUAUGAUGAUUCUUGCAGAGAUUGUUUCUUGCUGUCUUUAGAGUUUUGUCUGAUUUUUUAAGAAGAACA